AUGUCUGAAAGAAAAGCUUUCAACAUAAUAAAAACUGUUCCAGUUUUGGGUCAAGCAUAUGGUGCUAUGCGAGGUCUUGUUUAUGCAGCACAAGGUGAUAUGCCGGAAGCGAGACACUCCGUCUCAUUAGAUUUGGCAGAUUUAAAUCCAUUACGAAUACCAAGAAAUCUUGCAAAUGGUAUUGUUAGUGCAACAAAUGAUUUGGAACAAGGUGCUUGGAUUGGAAAACGACCCAUUGGUAGAGCAUUUAUUGGUCUUAAUAUUCUUCCUGGAGUUGAUGGUCUUCAUUGGUCUAUUCAGAUUAAUGGAAUUAUUUAUCAAUUAGUUCUCGAUAAAAACAAUCAAGUUAAAGUUCUUAUAAGUUCGAAAAACGAAAGAGCUGAAUGGUAUGAACGUGAUUGCAAAGAAUAUUCAUGGUAUUUGAUUCAAAAAGAAUUACCAUAUUUUGAUUCAGCAGUACUCAGAAAUUAUGCGAAAUCAUUUGAAGCUCAGGAGUAUCAAAGAUUGAUCGCAACGGGUGAUAAAAUAAACUGUCAAUCCUUUGUAACCCGUAUUAUUGCAACAGCUGCAAACAUAUCUAUUGACAAAGCACGGAUUUGCAAAGAUGUUAAACGAGAAACAUAUUUUAUUGGUACUAAUUCAUUAAUCAAUCGAUUAAUUGAACCAGCUCGGCCAAUUGAAGAUCGUCGAGGUGGUACUCAUUUUCUUAAUAUUAUUGUACAAUCAACAACUUCAAUUUGUGAAUGGAAUACAAAUCAACUUGAUCAAGGCAAUAAUCUUAUUUUUGUAAAAAUUGCAUUAUUAAUAAUUUACAUGGGAUUUAAUGAUAUAUUAACCUCUACACGUUCAAUUAAUCCUGAUUACUCCUAUUAUAAUGAUUUAAAAGAAUUUUUUAUAUUACAUGCGGUUUACAAUAGGGCAAAAGGUAUACAUCAAUUAAAUCUUGAAAAUUGUUACCAUGAUAGUAUGAUUUGGUCUUUUUUUUUCCUUGCAAUUUUAAUUGUAUGGUUAUAA